AUGUUGACAGUGUUUUGCGUUGUAGUAGCCUCACUAGCAAUAAUAUCAAUGGCAACAUUGCAGGAUGAUGAGAAGGAAUGUGCAGACCAGCUCGGAAACCUUGCAGCUUGCAUUCCUUUUGUGAGUGGCACUGCCAAGAAGCCAACACCAGAGUGCUGCCAAGACACCCAAAAAGUGAAAACCAACAAGCCCAAGUGUUUGUGUGUUCUCAUUAAAGAGAGCACUGACCCCUCCAUGGGUCUCCCUGUCAACACCACUCUAGCCCUUCAAAUGCCAUCUGCUUGCAACAUCGAUGCCAAAGUUUCUGAUUGCCCUAGUGCGCAAUUCCUUCCUAUAUUGAACCUCCCGCCAGACUCCCCAGAAGCAAAGAUCUUUAAACAAGCAGGCUCAUCAGAUUCUACUACUACUACCUCAGCUACAGAUUCCCCACCAAGUUCUGGUUCUACUUCAACUGGAUCCUCCUCCUCUAGUUCAGCUCCUGAUACCAGUUCAAAGUCGGAUUCAAAGGAAGCUGCAAGCAGCAAUGAUGGAGCAAAGAUCACCAAGCUAUUUGGAGCAGAGAUGAUAGUGGGUUUUGUCGCAGUACUGAUCAUGUUGUUCAUUUGA